CCCCGGCGCGGCGCUGAUCGCCGCCGGCCACGAUGCGAGCCCAAAUCGAGGUGAUCCCCUGCAAAAUCUGCGGGGACAAGUCCUCGGGGAUCCACUACGGCGUCAUCACGUGCGAGGGCUGUAAGCCCAACCGCAACCGCUGCCAGCACUGCCGCCUGCAGAAAUGCCUGGCGCUGGGAAUGUCGCGGGACGCGGUGAAAUUCGGCCGCAUGUCCAAGAAGCAGCGGGACAGCCUGUACGCCGAGGUGCAGAAGCACCAGCAGAGCCAGGAGCAGGGCGGCGUUCCCAAGGAUGACCCGGAGCCGCUCGGCCGUGUCUACACCACCAGCGUGAGCAGCGGCCUCUCCGACCUGGACGACAUCUCCACGCUGUCCGAUGGGCUCCUCUUUGACUUCCCCCUCACGCCGGACGGCAGCGGCGCCUACUACAACCUGGACCUGCUGGCGUCGGCGCAGCCCUCGCCCGACCCGUCCAGCCUGGACGUGGCCGAGGCCGCGCUCAUCAAGCAGGAGUCGCUCUACGAGCUGAUGCUGGAGCCGGCGCUGCUGGCGCACGGUGCGCUCGAAGGGAGCCCGCCGAGCUGCUCCCUGGCUCCGCGCAGUGGGGAGGGGGCUGGACGGGGCUGCCGGGGCGCCGCGGUGACGUCCCCGCCGUCCCUGCAGAGCUGCGAGGCCAUGUGGCAGCAGUGCUCGCUGCAGAUCUCCAACGCCAUCCAGUACGUGGUGGAGUUCGCCAAGCGCAUCGACGGCUUCAUGGAGCUCUGCCAGAAUGACCAGAUCAUCCUCCUCAAAGCCGGAUGCCUGGAGGUGCUGCUCAUCCGCAUGGCGCGCGCCUUCAACCCGCUGCACAACACGGUGCUCUUCGAGGGCAAGCACGGCGGCGCGCACGUCUUCAAGGCGCUCGGCUGCGACGAUCUCAUCAGCGCCGUCUUCGAGCUGGGCAGGAACCUGUGCCGGCUCCAGCUGUCGGACGAGGAGAUCGCCUUGUUCACGGCCGCCGUCCUGCUGUCCCCGGAUCGCCCUUGGCUGACGGAGUCCAAGAAGGUGCAGAAGCUCCAGGACAAGAUCUACAUAGCCCUGCAGCACGAGAUCCAGAAGAAACACUCUGCCGAGGACAAGCUCUCCAAGGUAGCGGUGCUGGGCGCUGGCGGAUGGGCCGUGCCAAUGCCAGGUAGGGCUGACAGGGAACGAAGUUUUCACCGGCUCCAUCUCUUUGUUUCCCUACCGAUGGUUUCCAAGCUGCCCUUGAUGAAGACGAUUUGUAAUCUGCACUUGGACAAGCUGGAGUUUUUCCGGCUCCUGCAUCCGGAGACCGCUAUGAACUUCCCUCCGCUCUACAAGGAGGUCUUCAACUCAGAGCUACAAUACAGCGACCCGCGGGAGAGCUAAGGCCCGGGGCGGCCAGCGCCCUUGGAGCUCCCAAAGCCUGGAGAUGAACUAAACUUCAGAGGUUUGGGGCAGCUUAUUUAAACCGAAUAAUCAAACCCAAGAGAACCUGUGGGGUCGAGGGAGCUCCCAGGCCCCGUUUCCUCGCUGUGGAUUGCAAUAGCUCUUGAAUGUAAAGCACCUUGAAGGAAAAGCAACCUGACUUUGCCAUACCAGUGAAAUGAAUGUGAAAUCUCCUCCUGGGAGAGGAGAUGCUCCUGUAAGUAGCAAGGUACCGACACCCCCGACGCGCAUGGAC